AUGCUUCUGCAGGGUAAAAAGAUUAGAGAUGAUAACAGAACUUUAUUGCAGACCGGAAUUUCUCAUGAUAACAAAUCAGAUGCUCUGGGUUUUACGCUGGAGCCCUACCCUACUCAAACUUCCCCAACACCGUGUCCAGAAGAUCCUUUCCAACUUCCUCAUGAUUCUCCACAACCCUUAGCAUGGGGCCCUCCUAUUGCCAAUGAGGAUCAAGAUGCUGUCGAGCAGGGAAUUUUGGAUGCUCUUCCAGAUCCAGUGCGAAGUGACUUCAGGAAUUUCCCUGAAAGCCAUAAUGGUUCACUAGCACUGGCUGCUGUUCCUGAAAUUGGAGAGGCAUUGGCUAAUUUUCCCAUGCGCAAAUCUAAGCAAUCUGAGUCAGCACAACGUCGAAUGCGUCGGCCUUUUACUGUGUCUGAAGUGGAAGCAUUGGUUCACGCCGUUGAGAAGCUUGGAACAGGAAGAUGGCGCGAUGUUAAGCAGAGAGCUUUUGAUAAUGCGGAACAUAGAACUUAUGUGGAUUUGAAGGACAAGUGGAAGACACUGGUGCACACUGCAAGAAUAUCCCCUCAACAAAGGAGGGGUGAGCCGGUACCUCAGGAGCUUCUCGACAGGGUAUUAACUGCCCAUGCUUACUGGUCCGAGCAGCAAACCAAGUACCAGCUCAAAUCACAACUCUGUGUAAAAAGGAAGUAA